AGAGAGGUAAUAGAGAGAGAGAGAGGUAUUGAGUGGGAGUAGAAUGCAUGAUCAGUCUUCAAAAGCAGUUGCUGAGGACAGAAUGCAGAGAAGCGCAGAACUCAACACCAGCCAUUACAAGUACUGGAUUUAAUUGGUCAACCCUCAGAAUGACUUUGCUGAGCUGUAUCAUCAUUCAGAUACUCUGGGCUUUCUCUGCUAAGGGACAAGCUCCAGCAUGUGAAGAGCCGCCUGCCAUUGAUUUUGCGGGUAUUGUUAGUGAUGACAAACUGGAGUAUAGGAAAGGUGACAAAGUGCAAUACAAGUGCAAUCCUGGAUACAGCCUGAUGGGAACUGAAUGGAUCACAUGCAGUGGGAAAACCUGGACACCUGCACCACAGUGUUUGGAAACAGGAAAAAACUGUAGCCGUCCACCUACUAUUGAGAAUGGAGACAUAACUACUUUCUUGGAAAAAGGAUACACAUCUGGCUCCUUUGUAGAAUUCAAAUGCCAACUAUUUUAUGCAAUGGAAGGACAGAACAGAUCUUUUUGUGACAAUGGGAAUUGGACAAAAGCACCACUUUGUUUAGAGCCAUGUGCUAUCUCAGUGGAAGAAAUGGAAAACCAGAAGGUAGAGCUGAAUGGGAGACCAAAUGAGAAUAUAUCGCAACGGGUGUACCUAAAACGUGGUGAUUUUCUUGAGCUUCGCUGCAAACCAGGAUAUGAACUUGCCACUAAUUUAUCUCAAUCUACCUUUACGGUGCAAUGCAAUGGAAAUCCAAUUGUCUAUCCGGAAUGCAAAGCACCGUGUAGUCUCACAAAACAGCAACUGGAGACCAAAAAUCUGCUUCUGUCCAAUAGGCGAAGACAUGCACAAUUGAUUCAGAGUGAGCACACACUGGAAUUUAUGUGCAGAGAAGGAUAUAUCCUCACAAUCCCUUCAGUCAGGAAGUGUGUUAAUGGGCACAUGGACUUGCCUUCAUGUAUCUCUGUCAAAAACAGGAAAAACUGUAGCCGUCCACCUACUAUUGAGAAUGGAGACAUAACUACUUUCUUGGAAAAAGGAUACACAUCUGGCUCCUUUGUAGAAUUCAAAUGCCAACUAUUUUAUGCAAUGGAAGGACAGAACAGAUCUUUUUGUGACAAUGGGAAUUGGACAAAAGCACCACUUUGUUUAGAGCCAUGUGCUAUCUCAGUGGAAGAAAUGGAAAACCAGAAGGUAGAGCUGAAUGGGAGACCAAAUGAGAAUAUAUCGCAACGGGUGUACCUAAAACGUGGUGAUUUUCUUGAGCUUCGCUGCAAACCAGGAUAUGAACUUGCCACUAAUUUAUCUCAAUCUACCUUUACGGUGCAAUGCAAUGGAAAUCCAAUUGUCUAUCCGGAAUGCAAAGCACCGUGUAGUCUCACAAAACAGCAACUGGAGACCAAAAAUCUGCUUCUGUCCAAUAGGCGAAGACAUGCACAAUUGAUUCAGAGUGAGCACACACUGGAAUUUAUGUGCAGAGAAGGAUAUAUCCUCACAAUCCCUUCAGUCAGGAAGUGUGUUAAUGGGCACAUGGACUUGCCUUCAUGUAUCUCUGAAACAGGAAAAAACUGUAGCCGUCCACCUACUAUUGAGAAUGGAGACAUAACUACUUUCUUGGAAAAAGGAUACACAUCUGGCUCCUUUGUAGAAUUCAAAUGCCAACUAUUUUAUGCAAUGGAAGGACAGAACAGAUCUUUUUGUGACAAUGGGAAUUGGACAAAAGCACCACUUUGUUUAGAGCCAUGUGCUAUCUCAGUGGAAGAAAUGGAAAACCAGAAGGUAGAGCUGAAUGGGAGACCAAAUGAGAAUAUAUCAUAG